CACGUGAACAAGGUGAUGUCCAUCUUGUUUUAUGUGAUAUUGCUUUCUUAUCUCCGUGGCAUCCAGUCUACCAACAUGGAUCAAAGGAGUUUGCCGGAAGACUCAAUAAAUUCUCUCAUUAUAAAACUCAUCCAAGCAGACAUUUUGAAAAGCAAAGUAUCCAAGCAGGUGGUUGAUAUCCAGGACAGCACUGCAGACACCGUGAAGAAAGCCGAGGCCAUCGAGCCGGAAGUGGACAGUACGGAAAAUGUGAAAUUGGAUUUCCAGCCAAUUCUCUCAAUGGAUACAGAACUCUUGAGGCAACAGAGACGCUACAGCUCCCCACGGGUCCUGCUGAGUGACAACACCCCAUUGGAGCCCCCACCCUUAUAUCUUAUGGAGGAUUAUGUUGGCAAUUCUGUGGUGGGGAACCGAACUUCUCGUCGGAAGAGGUUUGCUGAAAGCAAGAGCCACCGCGGGGAGUACUCCGUGUGUGACAGUGAGAGCCGAUGGGUAACAGACAAAUCUUCUGCCAUUGACAUUAAAGGAAACCAGGUCACCGUGCUGGGGGAGAUCAAAAUGGGCCCUUCCCCGGUCAAACAAUAUUUUUACGAAACAAGGUGUAAGCAAACCAAACCUGCUAAAAGUGGCUGCCGAGGCAUAGACGAUAAGCACUGGAAUUCCCAGUGCAAAACAUCUCAAACGUUUGUGCGAGCAUUGACUGCGGAAAACAACAAACUCAUAGCUUGGCGAUGGAUUAGAAUAGACACCUCUUGCGUGUGUGCCUUGUCCAGGAAAAUUGGGCGAUCAUAGGUCCGCAUCACUCUGCUAUAUAAAUUAUUACGUCUAAAUUAUAUGAUAUGCAUGUAGCAUAUACAUGUUUAUAUUGUUUUAUAUAUUAUAAGUUGUCCUUAUUUAUUAAACUUCAGCCAACCCACGAGAUAUAUAGAAGCUUUCUCAAUAAAGGCGAGAAAAGGAUGGGUGCAUACCACUGGCAGCACUACAUUUUCAUUUACUGCUUGUGACCUUCCGCUUCUCUGCAGCUUUCCAUAACCUGCCUGUAAAACUUUUCUGUAACAGCAGUAUUUUUCAUUCAGUAUUGUCGAUCCAGUGACUGUCAUUGAGUUUAAAACAGAAAGAAACCUCUGUUAAAAGGAAUUGGAUUGAGUUGCCAAGGUAUAUAAUUUGUGUUUAAUUAAAAGAAGUGUAACAACUUCCCCCACCCCCAAUCCCAGAAACUAAAUUCAGCAAUGUAGCCCAUAGCUAACAAGAGCAG